AAAUAAAUCAAUCUAUUUCAACAACGUACGAAAUGCCAAAGGAAAAUUGUAAAUACUGGGACAAAUGCUAUCAGCGAAAUGAGGCACAUCUAGAAAAAUACAAUCACCCUCCCAAGCAAACAGAAUCGGAAAAAUUGGCGCCAAAACGCAGAGCAACCACUGAGGAGGACGAUAAAAGUAGCCCAAAUACAAGCAGCAAAAUGGAGACAUCAGAUGUGGAAAAAAAUGUGGGUAAAUAUGAGUCGGAGACGGCGGAAUUGCACAAGGAGGCAAUGAAUAAUAUUGCUGGCAAAAAUUAUAUGGAAACAUUAGAAAAACGCAUACGUUUGUCGGUGCAACAUGAGUACGAUAAUCUAUGUGAGAGCAAUGAGUUUAUUAGGCACAAAUUUCUGGUGGAGAUGCCCGAAGAUUUCUAUGAAUUCUGGAAAUUCAUUAACACUCUAAAAAAGAAUACCACUAAAGACGCAGCUCUUCAACAUAUUGAAACGGUAUUCCAUCUGCAGCUGGUUGGUCCCUUCGAGUUUUUGGCUGGUAAAUUUCACAAUGCCAAAAUGGGUGAGCCUGGCGAUUAUUUGCGACAUUGGCGUUUCUAUUAUGAUCCGCCCGAGUUCCAAACCGUGUUUGUGCGUCAGGGCACAGGCAUACACUACGGCUACUGGCGCGAUAUACCGCAGGACAAAGAGCGACUGAUGCUGGCCCGCAACGAUGCGACACGCAGCUGUGAGUUCGAGUUCGUGGCUGGCAACAUAUUUGAUGCGUUCCUCCACUAUCUGCAGCACGACUAUGUAGCCACACCAUUCACCACAGGCCAAGUAGCAGCCACCAAGAAAGCUGUGAAGCAGUAUAUAAGCGAUAACUCGCUGGAAUUGUCGCAGCUCGAAAGUUUGAAGACUGAACGGGAUAAGCACGUUGUAACCAAAACAUUGCAUCGGGCUGGCAUUGUGGUACCCUACGAGCGCAAGACACAGCAGGGCUAUCGCCCUCUAUUGGUCAGCGAUGCAGAUCUAAAGAAAAUUUUUGCUUUGCUCGAACCCAAUGAUCUCAACGACAGAGACAAUGCCAAACAGGAGGUGCUUGAGAAAUUGCAACCAUUGGCUAAUGCGGCUAACAUUGCGAUGGAUGAAUGUGAUUUUGGCACUGCGUUGGAGCUGGGUCUCGACCUGUUUUGUAGUGGACACAAGGAGCUGCAUAUGCUGGCCUCCUCGCUACUGAUGCCUGCUUAUUCUCUGCUCUCACGGCCACAGUUCAUUGCCAUUUCGAAGGCGCAUAUGGAGCGGCGCAGUAAAGAUCUUAAUUUAAGCAUGUUUGAAGUAUUAAAAUAAUAUACUCUUUUACACUACCGUUAGCAGAUUAAUUGAGUGAUGGUUGUAUUUUAUUUGCAACCGCAACCGUUUAUUUGAAUAAAAACAACCAUCCAAAACUUA